AUGAGUAGGCAGGUUCGCUGCCUCUGGUCGUCGCCGCGACUGACGAUGAAGAUGACGAGCAGAGACUGCAGCAGCGGCAGCAAGCCGCCAGGGUUGGAAGAGGCAGCAGGGGUGCAGACGAAUGCAACCGCAAAGUGGAUGGACUCCUACCAGCGGCACUUCUCCGACACAGACAAGCUCAACGAGUGGAUGAUGCAGGUGAAGAGGGCAGAGGACCACAACUUGGAGGGCGACAAGGUUGUGGGCGCGCUCAUGGGCUUUCUCCUGCACGGCAUGUUCGCCGGCAACAACGGCCUUUCAUCGGCCGUGUUCUGGGCUUCCCUGCUGGAGACUGCCGGCGCUGACGACUGCACGCUGCUCUACACAGACUUGGUUGACGUGUGUCAAAGUGGGCUUGUGCCACGCGACGAAGAACAGUGCGACACGUUCUUCCGCGCCCUCUUCAUCAAGAACGACCCAGACCUCGACGUCUUCCUCCGACAGUAUGCGGACGACUGUUAUGUGGGUGCGGCCGGAUUCCAGGCACCCGAGGGCGACGCUUCGCUUGGUGACAUGUGGACCAUGCGCCUGGAGAGCAUCCGCAACAUGUUUCCGGUGCAACCUGAUGAGCAGAAGGUGCUGAGACAGCCCGUGACAGCGUGGCAGCUGCCGGCCCUGGAUAUGCGAGGCUUCCGUGACGUCGUGUUGCAGCAGCGCAUGGUGCCAUACGCCUACACGGCGCACAAUUUCUUCCAGCUGCGCAGCUUGCAACACAUGGCCAAGGACAACACGGGCAGCAGCGCCAAGGACUUUGAGGAAGCCCUGUAUCCUGCGGCAGGAAUGCUGUCUGGGUGCGUGCUGGACUCGCUCUGGGCGCGCUACUUUGUCACCCACGACCCGGCGUGCUUGGAUCGCCUGAUGGAGGUUGCUGGGGCGGCUGUGCACUUUAUUCGUGCUGAGCUGGGCGAGAAGAAGGGCGUGAACCGCUUCAUCCGCGCACUCACCAUGAAGGAGGACGCCACCCGCGCUGUUGCCGACCUCGCUGGCACAAACCUCGACGGCCGCCUCAUCAUGUCUGCGGGCACGUCGGCCUGCCUGUCGCUGAUUGAGAACAGUGAACAAUUGCCGGGCAUUUGGGAGCAUGUUGAGGAGCAGCGCGCAGCACUGCACCGCAACAGUGAUAACGACAAUGAGGCGUUGGGGACAAGCAGGAUGCGGGACGCAGGCAAGCUGUUGUCUGUCGUCAAGGCCGCGAAGGACAUUGCCAAGCUGACAAACGCACGCUUGGACAACCAGGACAGUUAG